AUGGUGGUAGAUGCCUCGCAAAUCAUACUUUUAUCUCGUCUUUUCUCAGGGCUGGUGCUGGCUUCUGAACAUGAGACUCGGCUGGUGGCUAAAUUAUUCCAAAACUAUAACAAGGUGAUUCGUCCAGUGGAGAGUCACCAUCAAUCAGUUAAUAUUACAGUGGGACUGCAGCUUAUUCAACUCAUCAAUGUGGAUGAAGUAAAUCAAAUUGUGGAAACAAACGUGCGCCUGAAACAGCAAUGGGUUGAUGUGAAGCUUCGCUGGAAACCAGCUGAUUAUGGUGGAGUUAAGAAGAUCAGGGUGCCCUCUUCUGACGUUUGGCUCCCAGACAUUGUUCUGUACAAUAAUGCUGACGGUGAUUUUGCCAUUGUUCAUAUGACAAAGGUGCUUUUGGAUUAUACCGGAAAAAUAGUCUGGACACCUCCGGCAAUUUUUAAAAGCUAUUGUGAAAUUAUUGUAACACAUUUCCCAUUUGACCAACAAAAUUGCAGCAUUAAGCUGGGCAUCUGGACAUAUGAUGGUACAAGAGUUGCCAUAUUCCCGGAAAGUGACCGGCCAGAUUUGAGUACCUUCAUGGAGAGUGGAGAGUGGGUAAUGAAAGAUUAUCGUGGAUGGAAACAUUGGGUGUAUUACACCUGCUGCCCCGACACUCCUUACCUGGAUAUCACCUAUCACUUUGUCAUGCAGCGUCUGCCUCUUUAUUUUGUUGUGAAUGUCAUCAUCCCUUGUCUGCUCUUUUCCUUUUUAACUGGAUUGGUAUUUUACUUGCCAACCGAUUCAGGUGAGAAGAUGACUUUGAGUAUUUCGGUUUUGCUGUCUCUGACUGUGUUCCUUCUGGUUAUUGUUGAGCUGAUCCCUUCAACUUCCAGUGCUGUGCCUUUAAUUGGCAAAUACAUGCUCUUCACAAUGAUUUUUGUCAUCAGUUCAAUCAUUAUUACUGUUGUUGUAAUUAAUACCCAUCAUCGCUCUCCAAGUACACAUACAAUGCCUCAGUGGGUACGAAAGGUUUUUAUUGAUACUAUACCCAAUAUCAUGUUUUUUUCAACAAUGAAAAGAAUAACCAAGGAGAAGCAAGAGAAAAGGAUAUUUACUGAGGACAUUGAUAUCUCUGACAUUUCUGGAAAACAAGCAUCAGGAAACAUCAUCUUCCAAACUCCUCUAGCAAAAAACCCAGAUGUGAAAAGUGCUAUUGAGGGAAUCAAAUAUAUUGCAGAGCACAUGAAGUCUGACCAGGAAUCAAACAAUGCUGCAGACGAAUGGAAGUAUGUUGCAAUGGUGAUUGAUCACAUUCUGUUGGGUGUCUUCAUGCUGGUUUGUAUUAUUGGUACCCUUAGUGUCUUUACCGGCCGUCUCAUUGAACUCAAUCAGCAGGGCUGAAUCUUAUUAAUGAACAGACAAUAAAUUACUGGAUACUGGUAAAGGGAAUGGACAUUGCUUCACAGAAAAGAUGAAUAGGCUAACUGUUUGUAAAUGUAGUCUGCCAAACAAAAUGUAUAGUUUUCUUUGCUUUACAUUGUAUUACAUUUACGGAAUUUGAACAUGUAAAAAAAUAAAAUCAUAUUAGUAAACAAUAUUAAUGCAAAAAGCAGCUGAAGCAUAAAAGUAAUAGAACAUUUCUUUUAUUACCAUCAUCGUAAAAGUAAAAACUUGGUAAAGAAUUAGAUUUGAAGUCAUUUGCAUUUUGAUAGAGACAUAAUUAUGUAGAAAAUGAACAGUAUAGACUAAGAUGAUCUCA